UGUUAUUUGGUAAAUUUAUUCAAGUGAAAUGCAAUUUUUCCUUUUUUGCUAGGGAAUGUUAUUCAAUAUUUGUCGAACGUACGUGUUUCGUUGAGUGUUGAUCUGCAAAAUAAACAGUACCGAUAUAGAUCUUCAAUGAUCAUUUGGAAAUUUAUCAUUUUUAUUCAGUUUUCGGUAAAUAUUGAAAAGGGACAAUUCAUGAAAAGUGUUCUUAAUUAUAUCUGCAGUAAUUGACCUUUUAAACACAGGCUAGCUUGUGUACUUCGAUAAGUGUCGUAUUUUUUUAUGCGGCAAUUACGAUUAAUGUAUACAAGGGGGACUGUUGAUGAAUAGUGUGCAAUCAAUUGCGCGUGUUAUUUGAUAAUCGUGUGUCAUAACUUGCAGUAAGAAAAGUUUGUUUAACGUGUAAAUAUAUGACAACAACUAUUGAUUCGUUUAUCGUCGUGAUACGUGAUAUUUUUUCGUGUAACGUGCAAUGAACUUUCAAAUGAUGUUCCCAUUACAUCUCAAACUUCCGUACGUUUAUAGAUUUACGAUUCUCGAAAGUGAUGCGAGUCGAGUUAUCGAUAAUGUGUUAGUAGAUUUACGACGCACAUGACAUUUGUUAAAGCAUCGAAAAAUUAUUAGCAUCAUUUGAUGCAGUUACUAAUUUAUCACCGAGUUUUAAUUGUGUUCUUAACAUAGAAAAUGUAUGCAAUUACUAACAAAUGCACUCGCAUCAAAUUUAUAGGUUAUGUGAGUGAUACGCACAUGUCUCAUUUAAAUCGAUACAUUUUUGUUCGAUCGUACUGUUACUAAAUUAAGAUAUCGUCGAGUUUAAUCCAUAAACGAGAUGAGCGGUUCUCGACUUGGCAGGGGCCGGGGUGGCCGCCUAGCCGUGUACGGGGGUUGUGGCGUAGUGGUUGUUCUACUGGUGUUCCUUUAUCGAGCUGCAACCUCAGAAAUGGCCAGGCUUCGAGAACUCCAUGUACAGUGCGCUCAUCAGCAGGAGGCCCUCGCUGCUCAGCUUCAAGUGAUAUUCGAGUACAAAGUGCGAUUAGAAAAGUCCCUAGCCGAGGAGAAGAGCUCAAACGCUGCUGUGAAGCAGGAACUUCAGCAACGUGCUUCUCGAGAAAAGUCUCUAAGAGAUAAGGACAGUAUAGAAGCGAUGCAGCGGUUCAACUCGCUUCAGCAAACUUACAAGCUGCUGCAGACGGAGCACCAAGAUCUGCAGGAGGAGUGUAAGAAGCGCGAGAAGCAGGCCUCAGAGGACACAACCAGAUUAGAGAAAGCGUUGGAACAUCUGAAGACCAAGUUCUUGGAGCUGGACACCGAGAAGUCGAGGCUGAAAGAAAAGUAUGAUGAUGUGAUAAAGAACAGUGGAAAUAGUAAUAGUACCAUUGAUCACCUGAAGAAAGAAGUUAUGCAGUUGAAACGUGAACUGGAACAGGCUAAGAAAUCGUCUAAAGUAGUUAACCCAAGUCCGGCGAGUUCACCACCCUUACAACGAACGGGUCAACAGGCGAAAUCUGGAUGGGCGGAAGCUAGGAACCAGGAACAACCGGUUGGUCCAUCGCAGCAACAACAGAGCACGGUGACCACUAGCUCAAUGAAGUCGAUUCCAGCCAUAAAACUGGAGACUUCAACACCGGCCAGCAGCGGUAACCCAGUAUCGACGGCCCUCGAUAAGCCUCAUCCUCUUGUGAAACCGGCAUCAAAGGCAAAACUUCCGGUCGGUGUACCACCCAUUCCUGUGAUGAUCGACCCGAAGCUGGAAAAUCGUGAAGAAAAGAGGGAUGAGCAAGAAAUGUCUAGGAAAAAAAAAGAAGAACCGAAGCUUUCCGACAACCCGGAAAGCAAGGAGCAUGAGGUCGAGAACGGGAACCUGGAACCACCGUUUCCGGCGGUAUCCGGAAGAAGGGGGGAAGAGCUGCCGGCAGAAAGGAGGGAAAACAGGUGGUUCAACGUUAGACCUGGCGUUCAGGAAAUUGGCGACGAAUUGAAUCACAUUCGACUUCCUGGCCUAGAUGAUGGUGCAGAACAUAAUGUUGAAGCAGGUGAUGACCAGUACGAAGGUGUUGAUUAUGAUAAAGAAACCCAGCAAAAGAACAGUGACUUACAAUUAGUAGAGGGUGAAGAUGAAGGUGAAGACGAAGAAGACUAUCCUCAUAAUCUGAAACAGGAGAAACACGAAUGAAGGAUCAUUUUUAGGAGAGAUUUCAAAGGUUUUGGAUAAAGAAGUACAGACCUCAUUUGGGAGGAAUAUUUAUUGAUUAGCCGAAGUCUACUACUUAAUGGGCUAAUCUCAUCAUUGGCAUUAAUUUACCAAGAGAAAAAGAAAGAGCAAGAUUUUAAGAUAGAUGCACCACACUUUUGUUUUCUAUUCUUCCUUAAUUUUUAAAUCAAUCUUCAUAUGAGGAGCUAGCCAAAUGGUGUAGAUAGUCGAUACUCUAUACAGAUGCUAUUUAAGUGCCACUGCUCGGCCAAUGAGCAAAUUGUAUUUUUUAUGAAGAGAUUUGUGGAGUGGUUUGAGCAGAGGAUCGAUAAAAGAAACAGACUGUAUUUUUCUAGAAUUAAUUCUAAGAUAGAGAUGAUAUGUAUUAAAAUUUCCAUGAUCAAAAGAAAAUUUAUUGGAAAGAUUCAUACUUUCAUUGGCAGAUAUCAUUUAAAACUAAACAAAUUAAAAACGCAUUUAUUAAUUCAUUUAGAAACACAAAGAUCCCAAUCAGAACAGUAUUUUAAAAUAAUUGUUAAGUACAAUAUUUUACAUUUAUAUAAGUUUUUAGCCUAUAUUUUUAUACCUAUACAAUUUUAUAAAACAAAUCUAAUCUUUCAUUACGUACUUUUGAGAAUCUAUUUUCCCUCUGUUGCUAUGUCAAUUGUGUGAGAUUAGUAUUGUUUCUGAUGUUCAACAUAAAGAAAAAUUAAUGAUGGAACGUUCUGCCAGUGAAAGAAUUGAUCGUCCUUUCCUUCAGCGAGGCAAGUACGCAGAAUUUGUGACUUAAAUGCACUCAUUACUUAAGCGUCACUGUGAAAGUUUCUAAAAUAGGGACGAUCAACUGAUUGUUCUCGUCGAAACCGUGCAAUAUGAUCGUGCAAAGAUAAACGUGAUUUAUUUAUUGCCUAUCAAUCGUCGUUCAGGCGCUAACAAUCAAGACUUAACAGAAUGAAAGCAACUACUUUAAGGAAUUUACUACGAGUAUAGAUUAAUAUUUGUUAUGAUCAUAGAUAUCUACUUAUACACUGACCCAGAGAGAAGUGAUUCACAUGUACAUAAAAUUCUUUUCAUAAUAAAAAAAGCAAAAACUUCA